GAGAGGGUCGAGGAACUGCUAGAGCAGACAACGGCCGGAGGCUCAGAGAUCUAUCAAGGUCAUGCGUUGCUCUCUCCAUCAAUUAGAGCAAUAUACACCACUCGUUCAGCCUUGUGGUUCAAGUCCAUCGCAAUUUAUGAAACCAGCUGUGCUAUAAUUGUGGCCCACGAAUAUACACUCGGUUAUGAGCGGACUGUCUGGCUAACCGGACCUGGCUAA